AAAUUAAAUUUAAUGUGCAAAAUAUAGAUAUUUUGUUGUUAUUUUUAUAGGUAUUUUUAAGUAUAUUUACGCACGCAAGAUUUGUACGGUCCCACUGGCUGGAGCAUGCUUGUAUUGUAGGUGAAGAAAACGGAAGAAAACUAGAGUUUGACUGAAAUAAAGGCAGUAGUUGAGUUUUUACCGACGCGAAAAUGGGAGUUCCAGCAUUCUUUCGCUGGCUGAGCCGGAAGUAUCCGAGCGUGAUCAUUGAGUGCAACGAGAACAAGCAGGUGGACCCGGACACCGGGCGCAAUAUUUACGAGGACGCCACCCAGCCGAAUCCGAAUGGCAUAGAGUUCGACAACCUCUACCUGGACAUGAAUGGCAUCAUUCAUCCGUGCACGCAUCCGGAGGACAAGCCGGCGCCGAAGAACGAGGACGAGAUGAUGGUGGCCAUCUUCGACUGCAUCGACCGCCUGUUCGGCAUCGUGCGUCCCCGGAAGCUGCUCUACAUGGCCAUUGAUGGGGUGGCUCCGCGGGCCAAAAUGAACCAGCAGCGGUCGCGCCGCUUCCGGGCGGCCAAGGAGACCACGGAGAAGCGGCUGGAGAUCGAGCGGAUCCGCGAGGAGCUGCUGAGCCGCGGCUGCAAGCUGCCGCCGGAGAAGGAGAAGGGCGAGCACUUCGACUCGAACUGCAUCACGCCAGGCACCCCGUUCAUGGACCGGCUGAGCAAGUGUCUGCACUACUACGUCCACGACCGGCUGAACAACAACCCGGCCUGGAAGGGCAUCAAGGUGAUCCUGUCGGACGCCAAUGUGCCCGGCGAGGGCGAGCACAAGAUCAUGGACUACAUCCGCAAGCAGCGCGCCCAGCCGGAUCACGACCCCAACACGCAGCACGUCCUCUGCGGGGCCGAUGCCGAUCUCAUCAUGCUGGGCCUGGCCACCCACGAGCCGAACUUCACCAUCAUACGUGAGGAGUUCCUGCCAAACAAGCCGCGUCCUUGCGACAUCUGCAACGGGUUUGGCCACGAGAUGGACAAGUGCGUGGGCUUGGGUGCCACGGCCCCGACGGGCGCCAACUUCAAGCCCGACGUUCCCAUUGGGGCGGAGGUGAAGUUCAUUUUUGUGCGGCUGAGCGUGCUGCGGGAGUACCUGAAGCAGACUCUCGAGAUGCCCAAUCUCCCCUUCGAGUACAGCUUCGAGCGAGCCCUGGACGACUGGGUGUUCAUGUGCUUCUUCGUGGGCAACGAUUUCCUGCCCCAUCUGCCCAGCCUGGAGAUCCGUGAGGGCGCAGUGGACCGGCUCGUCGAGCUGUACAAGAAGUGCGUCUACAAGACGAAGGGCUACCUCACCGACUCGGGCGACGUCAAUUUGGACAGGGUGCAGCUGAUUAUGACGGAUCUGGGCAAUGCCGAGGACCAGAUCUUCAAGAGCCGACAGCGCCGCGAGCAGCAGUUCAAGGCCAGGGAUAAGGCGCGGAAGAGGCAGGAGAGGAACCAGGACCACAGGGCCCUGGAUCAGUCGGCGUUUGGGGCCAGCGCUGUGGGCCCUAACAGCCAGCAAAAGAGCAUUGGCAACUACAAGGAGGAAGCCGCUGCCCUUCGGAACAGGAAGCGGACGAGUGACCAGGCAGACUUGGAUGACGAAGACGAGGAGGAGGACAAUGACGAGGUGCGCUUGUGGGAGGACGGCUUCAAGGACCGCUACUACGAGUCCAAGUUCGAUGUGGCGCCAGGAAACCAGCAGUUCCGCUACGCCGUGGCCUUGCAGUACGUCCGGGGCUUGUGCUGGGUGCUGAAGUACUACUAUCAGGGCUGUGCCUCCUGGAACUGGUACUUCCCGUACCACUAUGCCCCAUUCGCAUCGGAUUUCGUGAACAUCCAGGGUCUGUCCACGAUGUUUGAAAAGGGCACAAAGCCAUUUAAUCCGCUGGAGCAGCUGAUGGGCGUGUUUCCGGCAGCCAGUAGCUCCCAUGUGCCCGAACCGUGGGCCCAGCUCAUGUCCAGUCCGGAGUCUCCAAUCAUUGACUUCUAUCCGGAGGACUUCAAGAUCGAUCUGAACGGCAAGAAGUUCGCCUGGCAGGGAGUGGCCCUGCUGCCCUUCGUUGACGAGAAGCGGCUCUUCAAGGCCUUGGUUCCCUACUACGAUCAACUCACGGGGGAGGAGGUGAAGCGCAACAAGCGGGGCGACAAUUACCUGUACAUCAGCAACCAGAGCUCGCACUACAAGAAGGUCAAGAAAAUAAGCGAGAAAUCUGAUGAGAACGAGUGCAAGGCCAUAUCCUUUGAUGGAAUGCGCGGCACUUUGGGCCAAACGGAGCUCAACACUGCUAUUAGCGGCAUUCUGAGGUCGCCCAUCUCAGGACUGUCGGACAUUUGUGACAACACCACUGUGACAACGACUUUUAAGGAUCCGGAAUACGAUGACGACUUCAUUUUCGAGGCGAAACGGCUGGCCGAUGCCGUGGAUCCGCCGCAGGUUCUGCCCACGGAACAGACGGGACAAAAGCAUCGCCCCGUCAUCGGAUUCAAUAGCCAUUUGUCCAGGGCCUAUGUUCCGGAUAGUGGGCAUCGCAUGCUGAAUGCCGGAAUUAGAAACAAUCAGGGGGCUGGAGGCAGCUACGGUCAAGGAGGUGGCUACGGCCAGGGAGGGGGAAAUCACGGACAGGGCUAUCAGAACAACAGUCGCAACUAUAACUACAACUACAAUAAUAAUAACUUCAAUCAACACCAAGGUGGCGGAUACCAAGGCAACUACAACAACCGACAGCAAUAUGGCCACAAUCAGAGAUACAACCAGGACAACUCCAAUCAACAGCGUAACUUUAACAACUUCAACGGCCCAAGGAGUAAUAACUACCAGCAACAAGGCGGCAACAGGCAACAAAACCAGAAUUAUAGAAGAUUUUAAGGGUACCAUACAUACAAUUCAAUAUGUAGCAGGUCUUAAAAGUGUAAUCCGAGUUCAUUUACAAUAAAAAAUAGCUUUUAAGGAAAUUAAAGUUUAUUCAAUCGAAAAAAAUAUUAAGUUUAGUUAAAACCAUUGCAAACAAUCGGUAUCCCUUUGGGUCUGUCCA